AUGAUAAUCAAUGGGAAACAACUCUGGAAAUAUGAAGAAAUCGUUUUCCCCCGCACACCACGGAAACAGAAGCUUCGAAUUGUUAAGGGAUUCCAAACACACGAGAAUACUGCAGCUAUGGCAAGAGAUGAGGUCAAUGAUUUACCAGUCUUGAAGAUAGCCGAUGUGGGCGUUGCCCUUGGUACUGGCUCCGAUAUUGCCAUCGAGGCAGCAGACACGAUACGUUUCGAUCCGUUUUCAGCAAUUGCUAAGCAGAUAAAUAUGGGCGCGUGGUCAUUAUCAUCUGGCGAGAUUGCGGUAGAUGUUAUCACUUCAGUGUUUGAACAUUUGGAAUUGGCGUUCUCCUUCGACAACCCCGUGCUCCAAAGGAAAAAGGAUGUUUUGGCACACGGCAUUCCAUUCCGUGCCGUGUGA